AUGUCCUUGGGUACAAGAGCCUUAGCACAGUUUGGGAGGGCGGGAGAGCAGCGGGAGCCGGCAGAGCCCGGCUCGGUUCGGGGCAUUGUGGCAUCACCUGCGCGUCCGUGGCAACCGUGGAAUUCCCGCUGCGGCUCCGCGUUUGUCGCAGCUGGUCCCAGCCCUGCAGUUCCUGCGGUGCCGGAGCCGCUGCCCUCCGACCGUCCAGCUCGUCGUGCUGGAGGAGGAGCAGCAUCGCCACCGCUCCAGGCACCGCCGGCAGCCUGUCCGUUUAUAGACUUUGAAAGCUGUAUUUUCCCCACCAUGACUUCACAGACUUCAGUCAACAUCUCUUCUGGGGAAGCUAAUCGGUCAGGCACUGAUAUACAAGAACCACUGUUACCACAGGACAGAAAUCAACCAGAAAUAGACACCAUUGAAGAUUUAAGGAUGAAACUCCAGGCACUUGAGCAAAGAAACUUGGAAUUAACCAGGCGAUACAAUCGAGAUAUGUCUUACUAUAAAAAAGAAUUAAUGAAAUUAAGGUUAGAACUGGAGAGAGGAGAGGCUCUUCGUCGAGUUCUGGAGAGUGAAAUGUCCUUGGCUAGAAAAGAUGCUCAGGUGCAGAUGUAUUCUGCAGAGGAUGAGCUAUGUGAUGCAAAAGCCAAGCUUUUGGAACUGCAAGCACGCAGGAGUGAGCCCAGACAGCACACUCUUACAUACGGAUCAGAAGAAUCCAUUUGGUUUUCGUUUCCACACGAAGAAAACGUUACACCUCGUGGUCCUGCUCCUGAUGUAUGCUGGGGACCAUCUAGACACAGAUACUCCCCUUACCCGCGACCUGCCAUAACCUCUGGUGGGACACUCUAUGUAACCUGCCCUACGCCUGGAACGGACACAACCUCUGAAUCUGUUCCGAGUUACUUCAUACCCCGAGGAAUCAGCACUCCUUUUCGUCCUGAUGUUCCAGCAAGUUGGAGCGAUGACGUUAUUCCGUCAAGUUGGAGAAACCUAAGUGAUGAAGUUUUUACUCCUGGGAGACCAAUUAGUGAUGAAGUUUUUACCCCUGGGAGACCAAUUAGUGAUGAAGUUUUUACCCCUGGGAGACCGAUUAGUGAUGAAGUUUUUACCCCUGGGAGACCGAUUAGUGAUGGAGUUUUUAUCCCUGGGACACAGCUUAGUGAUGAAGUUUUUACUCCUGGGAGACCGAUUAGUGAUGAAGUUUUUACUCCUGGGAGACCGAUUAGUGAUGAAGUUUUUACCCCUGGGAGACCGAUUAGUGAUGAAGUUUUUACCCCAGGAGGGAGAGAGCUCAGCGAUAAAGUUUUUACCAGCGGGUCAAGAAGUGAGUUUGACUGGAAUUACAGCCGACAUUUCGGGCCGCUGCGACCUCUAGCGAACCGAACCGCCGAUCGGAUGUACUACACAAGAAGCGACUCUGACUUGCACUCAGACUCAGUCUGGGUAUAUCGCCAGCCUAGUGUGAUUAGAAUCCCCAUCCCCUGUGGCAGGAGCAGCAAAGCUUACAGCUUUCGACGACCAAUAACGAGCAUGUAUGUCCAAGUUAGCCCAACCGGAAUCGGAAGUACCUCAUGGGUGGAUGAUUCCUCCCGUAUUAGGCCAUUAAGUACUUUCACCAUGUCCACUCCCUCCUGGGAAAGGAUUAGAGCUCCAGUUGGUGCUCCAGUUCAUCCUCCUGCUCCAGUCAUCGCACCCUUCGUUGUCACACGACGCAGAGCCCGUUCUUUGCCUCCGUUCAGAUCUGCCAGCCGGGGUAUCUCACCCAACACCAGAAGACUCCAUGAAAUUUAAUUAUUGGCUUCUUGGCUGCAACAGGUUUCUUAAGGAAUAUCCCGGCUUGUCUUCAGAAGGAAAAAGCUCUAGAAAUGUAAAAAGAGCUAAUUAAAGUACAGCUUUACCUACCUUUGUAUUGUAGUUCAGUGUGUCUUUUAGUCUGGAAUUAAAUAUUUUUAUGAAAAUAUGCAUUCAUAUCUUCACAUUUCUCUGUUUCUAAUUAUUCAUACACCAAAACAAUUUUUAAACUCCUAUUUAUUGCAGUUGUUAAUUUUUUAUGUAGUAUAUUUUAAAAUGUUAUAAACCAACACCUUUUGGGUAGUUUUCCUAAUUCUUAAAAAAAAAAUCCACAAGCCCUUUUAGUCUCUGUCUCUCAAAGCUGUUUCAUACGUGUCUAUUUUAAACCAGGACUACAAUACUUUAAUAGGGUUGAGAGGGAUCCACUCAUGAAAUGUACACCAGUGAUUCCUCUUGUGAAAUGUCACGGCCCUGCUAUAAGUCUUUUUUUUUUUUUUUUUUUCCCUGCUCUCAUCAGCUCAGCUGCAGACACACAUUUAGUUGCAAACUUGAGACAGAUGAGCAAAAUAAAAACCAUGUGAUGGGC